CUUCCUCCUUCGUUUGUGGGUCAGAGGUUACCUCAUCCCAUCAGAACAAGGCCACAUGUUUGAUGCCAGUACCGGUCUGUCCUGCCACUGCUCCCCAGCUGAAACCAGUGGGUUGACUGAAACCAGUGAAUCAUUGAGGUGGCUUCCUGCUGGUGCUAGUUGUGAAACAGCGGUGUUGUCUGGCAGAAACAUGGCGAUGAUGAGGUGGGAUGUCCUGGUGGUCCUGGUCUUUGUCCUGGUGGUCCGGUGCGGUACUGCACCCACUGACAUCUUGUACCGUGUUCCAGAGGAGCAGCCUCCCAACACGCUGAUCGGCAGCCUGGCAGCGGACCAGGGCCUKCCGGACUCGGGACACCUGUACAAGCUGGAGAUCGGCGCUCCGUACCUGAGAGUGGACGGGAAGACCGGAGACAUCUACACCACGGAGAUCCCCAUCGACCGGGAGACGCUCAGGGACUGUCGGAACCUGUUUGAAGACGAUAAGUGCUUCCUGGAGUUCGAGGUGUCCAUCACCGACAUGGUGAAAGGGAUCGGGUCGGGGCCACGGCUCAUCGAGGGUCUCAUCGAGGUUCUGGACAUCAAUGACAACACGCCCCAGUUCUCCUCGCCCAUCCUGUCCCUGGCCAUCCCUGAGAACACGCACAUCGGCGCCCUCUUCUCCAUCUCCAUGGCCACCGACAGGGACUCUGGACCCAACGGCGUGGCCGAGUACUCCCUGAGCGCCGGACCCGACGCCGACCAGCUCUUCGGCCUGCAGCUGGCCCUGGACCAGGACGAGAAGCAGCCGCAGCUGGUGGUCAAGGGUAACCUGGACCGGGAGAGGAAGGACUCGUACGACCUGAACAUUAAAGUGGUGGACGGAGGGAAGCCCCCCAGGGCGAGCAGCGCUCUGCUGCGGGUCACCGUGACGGACCAGAAUGACAACCCGCCCAAGUUUGAGAGGGGUCACUACGAGGCAGAGCUACCAGAGAACAGUCCUCUGGGACACUCGGUGCUGCAGGUCCGAGCCAACGACGCAGACACCGGGAUCAACGGRGAGAUCGACUACAGCCUACAUCAGGCAUCUGAGACUGUCCAGAGGCUGCUGCGCAUCGAUCGUUCUACAGGAAUCAUUUAYGUCAAAGGCCUGGUGGACCGAGAAGAAGAGACUUUCCUCAAGUUCUUUGUGGUUGCCAGAGAUCGAGGACCCAAUUCAAGGAGUUCCAAGGUUCUGGUGACAAUCACCGUCAAGGACCAGAACGACAAUUCACCAUCCAUCGAAAUCCGUGGUAUUGGUUUGGUAAUCCAUCAGGAAGGCGUGGCCAACAUCUCUGAGGACAUGCCGAUUGGUACACCGGUGGCACUGGUCCAGGUGUCUGAUCGUGACGAGGGGGAAAAUGCUGUGGUGACGUGUGUGGUUGCAGGAGAUGUACCGUUUCAGCUCAGACCUGCUAGCGAGUCUGCCAGCGAUCGGAAGAGAAAAUACUUCUUGCAGACAACAACUCUGCUGGAUUAUGAACGUAUUAAGGAUUACAGGAUUGAAAUCGUUGCUGUGGAUUCUGGAAACCCAGCUCUAUCUAGCACCAACUCCCUCAAAGUCCAGGUCACUGACAUUAACGACAACACGCCCAGUUUUUCUCCUCCUUUGCUUGAAGUGGACUUUGCAGAAGGCAACCAACCAGGUGACAAAGUUCUCGAUGUUGUGGCCUCAGACGCAGACAGCGGCAGUAACGCAGAGCUGAUUUAUAGCAUCACUGAGCUCUGGGCUGCCAGGCUCUUUGAGGUUGAUGCCAACACAGGAGAGGUUCGUGUAAAGAACAUGCUGGAUCGAGAGGACAGAGAGCACUACGAGUUUCACGUUGCAGCUGCAGACAAGGGCGUUCCAAGUAAAACUGGGACUGCUACAGUGGUGGUGAAUGUUCUUGACCGCAAUGACAACGACCCCAAAUUUACACUGAACGGCUACAGCUUCUCUGUCAUCGAGAACAUGCCUCCACUAAAUCCUGUUGGAGUAGUAACCGUUAAUGAUGCUGAUAAGGGGGAGAACGCCCGGGUGACUCUGUUUGUGGAACCAGACAAUGGAAAAUUCAUCAUCCAGAAUGGCACGGGAACCAUCCUGUCCAGCAUUUCUUUUGACCGUGAGAAGGAAAGCACCUACACCUUCCGUCUGAAGGCUGUGGAUUCUGGUGAACCCCCUCGAUCCUCCUUUGUCGGUGUCACCAUCAAUGUCCUGGACGAAAACGACAAUGCCCCUUACGUCACCAAACCUUCCAACUCUUCCUACAUAUACCUGUCACCCAUGACACCUCCAGACGCACCAGUUGAGGUAGUCGAGGCCGAGGACAUUGACGCUGGACCUAAUGCUGAGCUGUUGUACUCCAUCACAGGUGGAAACCCUUACGGCCUGUUUCAGAUAUCAUCCAGCAGUGGGGAGAUCACACUGACGCAGACUUUACCUGGCAAGCACAACGGGCUUCACCGGCUGGUAGUGAAGGUCAGCGAUCGAGGCAAACCUCCUCGUCACACCACCGCACUGGUCCAUGUCUUUAUUAAUGAGACCAGAUCUAACGUCUCCCUCAUUGAGGCACUGGUUGGUCACAGUCUCUAUACACCUCUGGACAGAGACAUAGCAGGAGAUCCAGACUACUCCUUUAAUCAACAGCGGACCAGUGUUUUGUACGCCAUCCUCGCAGGCACUGCUGUUGUGAUUCUGAUCAUUGUGGCCGUGGUGGUUAUCAGAUACUGGCUGCAGAGAGAUGCUAAGAGUGGCUAUCAGGCCGGCAAGAAGGAGAGCAAGGACCUGUAUGCUCCCAAACAGGGACCAAAAAACGGCAAAGUGAAAAAGAACAAGAAAAACAAAGCUCCAAAACCCGCUAAACCUUUGGAGGAAGACGAGGAGGCCAGUCUGCAGAAAGGCCUCAAGUUCAACCUCAUCAAUGACGUCAAUGACAGUCCCAGAAUCCACCUGCCCCUGAAUUACCCACCUGGAAGUCCAGACCUGGGCCGUCACUACCGGUCCAACUCUCCCUUGCCGUCUAUCCAACUCCAGCCACAGUCACCCUCUGCUUCCAAGAAGCACCAGGCCGUUCAAGACCUCCCCGCCACCAAUACCUUCGUAGGCACAGGCGACAACAACUCCACAGGCUCCGACCAAUAUUCGGAUUACAGCUACAAGGCCAAUCCACCAAAAUACAGCAACAAACAG